GACAAGCUCGUUGCCGUAUUUUUUUUAAAGAAAUAGAACGAAAUUUCAUGAAGACUUUUAUCGUGAUCGAAUUUUUAAUUUUAUAAUAGUUUUUAUGAAUAAAUACGAUACACGUAAAGAUCCUUGUAAAGCAAACGCAUGCAGAAUUCAAGCUUGUUUAAAAGCGAACAACUGGCAAGAAAGUGAGUGUCUUGAAGUCUUGGAGCAGAUGCGAUUGUGUUGCGUGAAGUGGCAUAAGGAAUCUUGGUGUUGCUCUGGAAUUAAAUUAGAUCAAAGUUAUUUAACUGAAACAAAAGACGACAAUAGUCUGAAGAAGAAAUAAUGCUUCUGUCCCAACUCGUAUACCAACAACAAAAGUCACAGCCAUUCCAAAGACGACAAACAGCAGUUUUACCAAAACGUAAUUGGAUCCAACGUAAUCCACGUACUUUUCAAAUUAUCUUCCUAACAACAUCU